GUCAUCAUGGGCGCCGUGUGCGGCAUGGCCACGGUGCUGAUGGGGAACAUGUUUGCCCUGACCCGGAUCGUGUAUGCCAUGGCCGAGGACGGCCUUCUCUUCUCCUGGUUCUCCUGGGUCAACGCCAGGACGCAGUUGCCCCUGGCAGCUAUGUACGCCUUCACGUCACUCUCCGCGGUCCUGGCAGUGCUGCUGGACAUCAACACCCUGGUCGAGAUGAUGUCCAUCGGUACGCUGCUCGCGUAUCUCGUGGUCAGCGCCUCGCUCAUUAUCGUCCGCUACAUGCCCCUCGCAAGGCUCAUGGGUGAAGAAAGCCAGGAGCUCCCGGACCUGGCCCGCCCCACGCUCUCCGAUGAGUCUGUGGACGACGACACUGGGGGUCGGCUACGCAACAGCUUCUCGUUCCUGUACACUCUCUAUCCGUUUGACCAGCCGCCGGGCAUCGUGGUGUCGUACAGCAUCACGGUGCUAACGGUCACUGUAUUCAUCCUCGGAUUCCUGACUCCGUUAAUGGUGGCACCGCUGGCUGACGGCAGCGUCUGGGCCGUUCUGGCACUCUUGCUGCUACUAGGAGUGGCCUUGGCCAGCUUCGGGAUCAUCCUACUGUUUCAGCAGAGCUCGGCAACAGUGCGCUACAAGAUGCCGCUGGUUCCGCUGUUACCAACAUUGAGCAUCAUCAUCAAUGCCACACUCAUGACCACACUGCAGCCACUGACUUGGGCACGGUUGGUCAUAUGGAUUGCGGUCGGUCUCCUGGUGUACUUCUCGUACGGCAUGAGGCACAGCAAGCUAAACCCGGACGGCGUGCUAUCUCCGCGAAGCUCGCUGCUCUCAAGCCAGGAGCCAGCUCAGCGAACCUGGGGCGCUCUGGACAAGGAACUGUCCGUCCCUGGCGACAACGCAGACGCACCGGCGGGGGAAGACGACGAUGACAAGCGGCCGCUGGUUCCUGCUUCGUAG